AUGCGCUUCUUCACCACCCUAUCUGUGCUCGCGCUUGCGCUGGUCGCUGCCGCGGACGGACCUACUGAGCUUGGCAUCGACCGCACCUACAUCCCGGAGGACUGCAAGGUUACCUCCCAGAACGGCGACAAGCUCCAAGUCCACUAUACUGGAAAGCUGUUCUCGAACGGCAACAAAUUCGACUCGAGCUUGGACCGCGGCACACCUCUCCCCCUGACUCUCGGAUCAGGCCAGGUCAUCCGCGGUUGGGAGGAGGGUCUGAAGGGUAUGUGCCAGGGCGAGAAACGCACUCUCACCAUCCCCUCGGCCAUGGCCUACGGCCCGCGUGGAUUUGGCAACGUCAUCCCCGCGAACUCUGCGCUCGUUUUCGACGUCGAGCUCGUCAAGCUCGACCCCUCCGGAGCCGCCCGCGAGGAGCUGUGA